AUGCUGACCACAAAAGCAAAAGGACGUGUGAUGUUCCCUCACCUGAAGUACGUGGUUAGCGGCUUGGAUCCAGAUGAGUACUACGUCAUGCACCUCGGUUUGGAGCGGGUUGACAAUAUCAAGUGAGUCCUACGGUACCGUCGAAUACCGUAACCCUGCUACAGAUACACAUUCACAUCCGGAAAGUGGACGGAGGGAAGUGCCGGCGAGCCGAUCCAUCCGUUCACUUGGCACGAGCACAAAGACGGAGCACGUCUGGGCUCUCACUGGAUGGGACAGACGGUCUCGUUUGCUACGCACAAGAUCACAAAUGAUCCGAGUAGCCGAGAUGCCAGUUUGAUACGUGUCCACUCUUUGCACAAGUAUCAGCCGGUGCUCCGAAUUGCGCGGGUCCACGAUCCAAUUGGAGAGGAGUUUCGAUUGAAGAUCACCGAGUUUAUGGUGGUUACACAAUAUAAUGUCAGUUCGCUUCUUCUACAAUACUUCAACUUUAUCGUUCGUUUUUCAGAGUUCGAAAGUGGCCGAUUUGAAGAAAGAGUACAACAAGUACGCGAAAGGACGUCGUGAUUCGAAUGGUGUUGCGUCGAAAAGAGGGCACAUUUCUCUUGACUCCUCUUCAUCCGGCUCCAGCUCAACUACCGUAUCUCCGGUCCGAACCGCUUGGGACCCGAUGUGGUACAGAGGAUACGGAGGAGAAUGGAACUACAACUAUGAAAUGGUUUGGCAGGCGUACCAACAGAAUCCUCAUGCUUUCAACUUUCACAAUUUCUCAAUUUAG